CGCCUUGUUCUGCUUCAUUACGGCUUGCAUGGCACGACACUCGAACGCCGAUCCUCUCCCAUUCCGUGGUCAUAGUUACAAAAUGUGUCCCAUCAGCAAACAAACGCUUUGGGGAGUAUUUUUCAUGCUGCAAGCCUUUGGGCACUGUUCGGCACAAUCCACCCUGCACGAAAUGGUAGAUGAAAUAGCGACGUUCGACAAUGCAAGCGAUACGAGCGGUACCAACGUUUGCAUAUUUUCCACCGCCAAUUCAUCGCUCGCCAUGUUUGCUCCGCUGCUGCUGCCAACGCUGAUUUCAAAGUAUCCGACGACGUUCGUAGACAUGAAGCAUUACGUUGAUGUUGAGUCAGCGAGUUUGGCAAGUUUGGUGCUGCUGGAUCUAACGGCCUAUCACUACGAGUUUCCCUUCAACUUUAUACAGAAGCGCCUUAAUCAUCAUCCCUGCUACAGGAAGUCGGCCAAAUUCAUCAUCCUGAUGGGUGGAACCAGCUUCCAGCGGAAGGCAACGGCGAUCAGGUAUUUGGAUAAGUACUCGAUCAUGAACUAUAUACUUGUGCCGCUUGCCAACGAAUCGACCCCCGUUACGGUGUACACUAAGCAUCGGUUCACCGGCCAGGAAUACUACUUCCGUUCUUCCGAUCGUCCCGUGCAGCAGUUUUUCCCCGACAAGCUGCGGAACCUGAACGGCUACACGUUCGUUAUGCAGGGUGGCACCAUCUAUCCCUACCUGCUGUUCCUUGAGCGUGAAGGACAAGCAACCGGUAUGGUGCCGAACCUUGUAAAGCAUAUCAUCCGCGACCGGUGCAAUGGCACCACGUACUUCACGGAGGAGGAAAAGUAUCGUCGCGCCGUACAUGCACUGUUCAACGUGCCGCUCACUCGAUUCCACUAUCAGCAAACGAUUUACUUCCGCGAGGACACGGGCAUCUACAUCGUUUGUCCCGUACGGUCGGUGCGUGACUUUCUGCGCCAUCUGCUGAAACCUUUCUCGGUCGGAAUUUGGAUCAUUCUGGUCGGACUGUUCAUUUUCUGCCGCGUGGUAAAGAUUCUCUUCCCAUCCAUCUGCCAGUACGAUCUGAUCUCGAUCACAUUUUUCGGUGGCGGUGGCGUCGAAUAUCUGCAACCGUUUGCAUUCCGCAUCAUUACGCUUACGCUAGCCGUGCUGAUGUUUUUCCUCUCGGAAGCGUACAACACCAAAAUCAUCUCGCUUAUGUCGCUGUCCAAGUUUUACGAACAGCCACAAACGAUCGAGGAGCUGAUCGAUUCCGAUUAUCGAAUCCUUUCGCCACGGUCGGGCAGCAAGUUUCUUGGUCCCAUUUCGGCCAACUUUCUCUCGUACCGGGCAACGUUACGCGAAGAAGAGCGGCUUGGGGAUGAGGUGCACCGGCACUACUGCUCCAUUAUGCAUCUGGGCAAUGCGUGGCUUGCCGUGUCGAUGCACAUACAUCACAUCGUCGGUCUGCGAUACAUCGUACGGGAGCCACUGUUUCGGGACAAAAAUCUCAUCCAGCUCGAACAGCACACAGCGUUCUAUGACCUGUUCGAGGAUGCGUUUGGGCUGAUCAACGAUAGUGGACUGUGGUCGUACCGGUUGCAGAGGGCAGAGAAGAUAACGGCUACCAAACCGUUGGACAUGAUUUAUACACAGUUUCAGGAGGUUAUUUUUUACUUUAACGAUCUGUACUGCGUGUGGAUACUGAUCGUGGUCGGAUGGUUUAUCAGUACGGUGUGUUUUGUGGGCGAGAUCGUGACGGAACGGUGGAGGCAGCGAAAAUUGAAACGCGUGGCAAGGAAGUUUCAGGCAGUGCAGAAGUAUCGGCUCGUCUUGGGGUGGUUUAAUGUGCGGUGAAGAAUUUGGAGGUUUGAGGGGAUGCUGGUUGCUUUAGCAGGGGUUAAGUCAAUAGAUGUAUUGUUCGCUCUACGGACGAUGUCAGUUGCUCGGCUUACGAUGUCGUCUAGGUGUUUCUGACAUAAAUAUGACUAUCCUGCACGAUCUACAUCAUCAGCCUCGGGAAUCCUUAAGAUCCUCAAGAAACCAACAGUUAAGUCACGCCCUCCGAAUAGCUAGGCAAUGGACGAAAAAUAGACUUGGACUGAGCAUACUAAUAAAUAACCUUAUUUCAUAUUUCCUUUCAAAAGUCAAACUACUCAAACAACAAAUCAGGUAAUCGUGAUAAAAGCUAAUAUAUUUCUUCCAACUUCUUCUCAGAAAUUCAAAUUUGACUCAGAAAUACUGAGUACGCAGCUCUUCGUGAAUAGGGUAAACUUGAUUUAAAUGCCUGAAGCCCUGAAACCUUGCAAAUUGAUUCAUUUUUUAA